AUGACCAAGGUCCUUCUCACCGGUGGUGCCGGCUUUGUCGCCACCCACAUCAUCAGCCAGCUCCUUGAGCGCGGCCACAAGGUCGUCACCACGGUUCGGUCAAAGGAAGAAGAGCAGGUUGUUCGCGACGCCCACAAGUACACAUACCAAGAUUAUCUCGAGGUGCCUUUGACGAGGCGGCGCAGAUCGAGGGUCUUGAGGCGGUACUGCACAUUGCAUCGCCAUUCUUUUAUGAUUUCGGCAAUUGAUGCCAAGAAAGAACUGGUUGACCCUGCUGUCUAUGGCACGACCUGGCUCUUCGAAGCUGUCCAUCGCUACGCCCCAACCAUCAAGCGCAUCGUCAUGACGUCUUCAUUCGCCUCUGUUUUGGACGAAGAUCGCCUUGAGGACCCCUCGGCUGUCUUCACCGAAAAAGACUGGAAUCCUGUCACAAUGGACCAAGUGAACGGCAGCAGAGCCACAGCAUACCGCGUGAGUAAAAAGUUUGCCGAACGCGCUGCCUGGGACUUUGUCGCCUCGAACAAGACGUCAUUUGAUCUCGUCACCGUCUGUCCAUCCUUAGUUCUUGGCCCAAUCAAGCACCAGCUCCCGUCUCUGGACAAGGUCAAUACUUCCAACUCGCGCAUGGUUGACCUGGUCCAAGGCAAGUGGAAAGAAGGCAUCCCAGAUGCCUACCUCGCGGCUGUCUACUGGAUCGAUGUCCGAGACCUUGCCCUGACGCAUAUUUUCGGCAUGGAGAAGCCUGACGCUGGGGGCAGGAGACUGAUGCCUCUCGGCGGGCGGUUUGGCAAUAGAAUGAUUGCGGAUAUUGCGUGGAAGCAUUUUCCUGAGCUGAGGGAGAAGCUGCCCGGCCUGGAUGUUCCCGGAGGUGGCCUUGCGCCUGCGGAUCAAGUGUACAGGGUUGACAAUUCCGAGACGAAGAGGUUUUUGGGGAUUGAGUGGAGGGAGUUUGAGACGACUAUUGUCGAUUGUGUGAAUAGCCACAAGCCUUAUGGAAUUUGA